CCGCCAACGAUCUGAAAAUGAUAGUACGUCUGAUCAAGCACGAUCUGAGAAUCAACGCCGGGCCGAAACACAUUCUCGGAGGGGCUUCACGUGGACGCAUACAAGGCCUUCCAGAUGUCCCGGGAUUUGGAAGCGGUGGUGCGACGUUUCCUGCCGAAUCCAGAGGAAAAGUCAUGCCCCUCGAGCUCACCUUCAAGCCGCAAUAAAGUCGCUAUCUCGCUGAUGACCCCCGUUUUACCAAUGCUGGCCGAGGCAUGCACAUCUGUGGAAAUGGCGAUGCGGAAGUGCCCGAAUGGGAUGUUAUCGGAGGUCAAGUACGACGGUGAGCGUGUGCAGGUGCACAAAAGUGGAAACGAUUUUCGAUACUUCAGCAGAUCUCUUAAGCCGGUUUUGCCUCAUAAGGUGAAUCUCUUCAAGGAUUACAUAGGACAGGCGUUUCCUGAUGGGGAUGAUCUGAUUCUUGAUUCUGAGGUUCUUAUGGUUGACAAUGAGACCGGACAACCUCUGCCUUUCGGCACUUUAGGAAUUCACAAAAAAGCUGAAUUCAAAAACGCCAAUGUGUGCCUUUUCGUUUUCGACUGCUUGUAUUAUAACGGCGAGAUACUUAUAGACAAAUCUAUGCUUGAACGCAGGAACAUCUUGAAAGACAGGAUGACCGAGAUACCGAACAGAAUAAUGUUGUCGGAAGUACACGAAGUGCACGAUCCGCGGGAUUUAGCGGAAAGGAUUAUUCACGUGUUGAAACUGGGUCUCGAGGGUUUGGUCCUGAAGGAUAUCGACAGCAAAUACGAGCCUGGUAAGAGGCACUGGUUGAAGGUAAAAAAGGACUAUCUCUGCGGCGGUGCGAUGGCUGAUAGCGCAGAUCUCGUCGUGCUUGGUGCAUGGUACGGCACAGGUAACAAAGGCGGCAUGCUAUCGGUCUUUUUAAUGGGUUGCUACGAUGAGAAGCGCGACAAGUGGUUAACCGUUACCAAGGUCCACACGGGGCAUGACGAUGCUACCCUGGCGGCGUUGCAGGACGAGCUUGACAUGGUGAAGAUCGGCAAGGACGCUGAAAAGCUGCCGAAUUGGUUGCUCGCCAAGAAACCUAUGGUGCCGGACUUUGUAGCGAAGGAUCCCAAGAAACAACCGGUAUGGGAGAUAACGGGCGCCGAGUUUACAAACCAGGGGGUGCACACCGCGGACGGCAUCAGCAUCCGGUUUCCGCGCGUUACGCGGAUCCGCGAUGACAAGGACUGGUCAACGGCCACCAACCUGGAGGAGCUGCGCAAUCUCUUCAAAAGGGAGCCCGAGUCUCUCGAUUUCGAUCACCUGCUAAACGUUCCAACGGACGUCAACGCUCGUCAUACGAGUCCGAGAAAGAAACCGUCUGGUUCUCCAAGGAAGGACACGUCGCCAGGGAAGGUCGAAAGUGCGAGGAAGAGAACGAACUCGUGGGACAUGCCAUCGACGAGUUCCAAGAUCAAGGAGGAACCGCUUCCGGGAACGCCCGUCAAAAAACGAAAAAGGGAUGAAUGCGACCAAGGACCUUCUUCGGAAGACAGAAUCCCAUCAGAGAGCGAGGGAUUGAAGAUGAAACACGAGCUCAAGAAAGAAACAGAGGAACCUUCGUCGACUUCGGGAUUCUCUCCCAAGAAGGAGAAAAGAUUCAGGGAUUCAGGGAUGAAACGAGAAGGGGAGGAUCAUUGCACCGAUCGUCUUGCCGGCGAGACGGAAAGAUCCUUCGAGUCCUCGAAGGACACGAGUGCCUCCGAUUCGGAUGUCGAAGAUACCAAAUUUAAUAAUGUGCUGCAAGAUGUACGAGCGAGCCUCGCGCCUGGUUUCGAUACGAGCAGGAGGAAGGACGCACGGAAAAUGCUUAAAAUACUCGGCGCCACGAUAGUCACGCCGGAGAACGGACACGACUCGACGACGACCCACAUCAUCCACACGCGCAUGGAAAUUCCGUCCUCCGUCAUUCUCAGGGACUUUGCGGACUUUCCGAGAACCGUCAAGCAUGUGAACGUGUCCUGGCUGGAGGAAACCGCGGCGCGGUCGAGGAAGCAAGACGAGGUCCAGCAUGCGGUUCAGCUAGUGGGCGAUUACUGUAAUUGUUCGUGCAUACAUCGGUAACGCAGCACUUAUCGUUUUUAACACACACACACACACACACACAUG